CCGCCUGCGAGGGUUUUCCUCCGAGAUCCCCGAUUGUAGCGGCCUGGUGGUGCCGGGCCCCGCGCUCCGCCGUGGGGCCGAAGCCCCCUGCGAGAAGAAGCGCCACGUCUGGCUGUGGGUACGGUCGCAAGGGUUAGCCUCUGGUACAUGCCAUGGUUGGUUUUCUUUGCUUCUGUUGGGAAUCACUUACUACUUCUUAAACCACAUCGUAACUAUUUUAUUUUAUUUUAACGUUUAUGCUGCUAACCUGGUUAGCCCACUUAGAGGGCAUUUAAUGUUUUACAUAACACUGCAAACCAGGAAAACGCCCAGGCAGUAUUACCCAACUGGUUAUAUCAGGGUUUUUUUUUUCUUUUUUUUUUUUUUUUCCCCUUUGGACUCUAUGAGGUUGAAUUAUUGUUCACCUGCUGUGUUUCCAGUGGAUUUUUUUGUACGCUUUAUCUUAUGGUGGAAACUCUCCCAGUCUGUCUUGAAGUGUUUCUCUUGCAUUUUUAAAUCAGCACUGCUACAAAGAGGGGACGCUAAGGAAAGCCUUUAAUGCUUGUGGGGAUUCCAACAAGAAAAUUUUCUUGGCCUUGUGUCUGGGUAGCUCUUGAGGAUGGCAAGCAAAGGACCAACGACUUCUUCUACAUCAACAAAGAACUCCAGUACUGGAGGGACCAGUGGCAGCAGUAGCAGCAAUGGUGCUGGGGACAAUACUAAUCAGGACAACACUUUUGAAUGCAACAUCUGUUUAGACACUGCCAAGGAUGCAGUUAUCAGUUUGUGUGGACAUCUCUUCUGUUGGCCUUGUUUACACCAGUGGCUAGAGACCAGGCCAAACAGACAAGUGUGUCCUGUAUGCAAAGCAGGAAUCAGUCGAGAUAAAGUUAUUCCUCUGUAUGGAAGAGGUAGCACUGGGCAACAAGAUCCCAGAGAGAAAACUCCACCACGACCCCAAGGACAGAGACCUGAACCAGAGAACAGAGGGGGAUUCCAGGGCUUUGGGUUUGGCGAUGGUGGCUUCCAAAUGUCGUUCGGAAUUGGGGCGUUUCCCUUUGGUAUAUUUGCAACAGCAUUCAACAUAAAUGACGGACGACCUCCUCCAGUAUGGCUGGCCAGUCUGAGGGUAGGAAAUAGCAACAGUUUCUCAGCAGCUGUUCCAGGGACUCCUCAGUAUGUGGAUGAGCAGUUCCUAUCCCGCCUCUUCCUGUUUGUGGCUCUGGUGAUAAUGUUCUGGCUGCUGAUUGCAUAAAUCUUUUCAUUCUGUAUAUCCAUGGCCCACAAGGCCACUGAAACAGUUACAAACUGCAUCCCCAUCCCACUUUAAACCUCUUGGUGUCUGGUUCCGUAGCUAACUGGGGGCUUCAGGAAUUGGCAGUACCACAGCACAAUGAGGAAUCUCGCAUUUUGCACCAGACUUGGAAAUUAAACAUUGGUUAAAAAGCAUAUUUCAGCUCAGCUAUCUUGUAGAACAGGUUUCUGCCACAAACCACGGGUCUGGCUUUGAGCUCUGCUCCUAAAAGGAGUGCUGCUUUGAAAUCCUGUGCCAAUCGGUGACACCAGGUUUAUGUGAAAGACAGUUGCCCCACGGUAGACUGGGCAGGUAAGGAAACUUCUGCAGCGUGGUCAGUAUCUCAUGCUUGGCAACCACGAUGGAACUGCCAGAGCUGCGGAUGUUAGUUAUUGUCUUCACAUCAACAUCCAGCCUUCUUCAGGAAAUUGUCUGCAGCACCGCUGAGACUCUUUGGGCGCAGCAUGUGAUGCAAAUGGAGCCAGGAUUGGAGACUGGUUUCUUGUCUGCUGUCAUUUCCCGGCAUGAUGGAAAACCCUUCCUGAAGCAGUUCUAAUGGCUGUUAGAAGAAGGGAUAGAAUUUAUGCUGCAAUUUUUUAAAGCCUGAAUUUGCUGGAGCCAGACACUGGAAGAUUCUCUCGUUGUGGAGCCGGGUGGGGUUGCUGAACAGUACGACGUACCUGUCUGCCUCACCCAGCCCAGUUCCUCACUGACAAAACAGUGUUGUCUUCCUUGGUUCUGUGCAGCAGCCUGUGGCUGCACUCAUGGAUAAUCCCCUCACAACCUUGUCACUGUAGCUACAUUUACUCUUCCCAAGGCUCUGAGACUUUCAACGUAAGGUCAUGUACUCCAAAUAAAAUGCUAUUACAGAUCUGAGAUCAGCUUGUUUGAGGAAAGGAACAAAAGGCAUCUUUACAUGAGAUAUGAGGUUAAACUUGUCAUACUGUAAAAUCAUACAGGAGGAAAAAUGAGGUCCUGCACAUGCUACAGCAGGGAACGUUUGGAAGAGCUUCUCUCUACAGGUGCAUACAGCUACUCCGUGCCACAGCAGAAUGGCUACAGUGCAAGAGCCUCUGCCUUAUCUACCAAAGAUGUUGAUUUGAAGUGCUGGAGGAGACCACAACAGUUUAUGUGCUGAGGGGAAAAUAUUUCAGGUGAGCAUUCUGUAGCCAUUUUGGAAUCCUGUUGGCUAUACAGCUUUAAAGAGUACUCCUGAUGUAUUCGUGUAGAUUUCUUCAGAACAGCAGAUACGAGAGAUGCCCUAGCAAGAUGUUUUCCUAUUUCUCCGAGUAGGGAAUUCAAUUUUUUUCCUCUUACUGUUUUUAGAUUAUUUUGAUUCAGACUGCUGAUAGUCAUAAUGAUUUCCUGCAAGAUGAAUAUUGUGACUUCUCUGGCAAUAGACAGACAACUGACAAAAAUCAACUCAUAGAAACUUUGUUUCAAUAGGUAGGGGUUUUCUAGUGUAUGGAUGAGGUUCCUGGGCAGGACACCUUAAUUGUUGUAGAAGCUUAUUUAUGUAAUUAUAAACUGUUCACUCUUAGUAUCAAGAGAGAGGAUGACAAGUUUAACUUGCCUACCUCCAAAAUUCCAUCUGGCAAGUAGGAUGUUGCAAAGCUUCUGCAGCGCUUUGCCUCAUCUAGUCAAAUUUAUACCUGACUCUUGUGAAGAUCUGGCAGAAUGUAUUACUCAACUAUAAAUAGUUGAAGUGGUGCUUCGACUUUUGUUGUGUGGCACUUCUGAGAAGCUUAACUUCUGCAUAUGGUUCUUCUCGAGUGCAUAACUUGGUAACUAGGACCCUUUCUAAGAGAAAGGCCGUUUAUUGCCUCCUUGUAAGCAACUUGGCUGUGGUACAACGUCGCGGCUUUGACUUCCUUUCAUGGGCAGGCAGCACCACCUGCUGAUGAAAAGGGGAAGUUCAUGUGGUAGUAGAAGGGAUGGUUUUCCUUCUCUUGGUAUUGAGAAACUCGCUGCUAAGAGCAGAGGUUAUCCAGGGAGGAGUAGGGCAUCCCUUUAAAGCUUUUUUCCGAUAAAGAGGACAGAAAAGUGACUGUAUUAGCUUCGAGGGGUACUGAAGCUGAUUUAACUAACGCUUAUGUUUUAAAAUACAGAAUUUUAAUGGCUUGGGGUUUUUUCCAUCUGUUGGUGAGACACAUAAUGGAUUUAGAUGGAGGUGGCUGCAGAAACAUGACUGGGAGUCCUUAUUUUCUGGCAAUCUAAGAAUGAAAUAGUCUAAAAGUGUUAACGCUUUUGUUCCUACCUUUUUCUUGGUGUGCUUUUUGUAUCGUACCACUUCCCCCCACCCUGUACUCAGACUGCACACAGCCCAUAACGGCUUGUUUAGUGCACUACCAUUGCUGUUCACUAAUUUUCACUGU